AUCUGGCGACUCCUUGGGCGAGGCGGAGACGAGGCUUUAAAGCGGCCGUGAUGCCGGCUUGGAGCUGACGGUGCUGCGUGAGGUGAACAUGUCCGAGGCGGCGGGGCCGCUGCUCCUCCUGCUGCUGCUGCUGGCGGCGGCCGCCACUCCCGCCCUGGUCUCCGCCUCCCGAUUGCCCCGCGCUGGCGUCUCCUGUCUGCAGGGCCAGGCGUUCCAGGACAAGCUGACCGAACACACACACGAGUAUCAAUUUGUGGACCUGAGUGGAUCUGUGACAUUGGCAUGGGUUGGUGAUGGAACUGGUGUUCUCUUGGUAUUGACAACUUUCCAGUUGCCGUUGUUGGGCAAACACUUUGGACAAUCACAGUUGUACAGAAGUGAUAAUUAUGGGAAGACUUAUUCUGAUAUUACAAAACUCAUCAAUAAUACAUUCAUUCGUACUGAAUUUGGAAUUGCUAUUGGUCCUGACAACUCUGGAAAGGUGAUCCUUACUGCUGAUGUUUCUGGAAGGAGUAGUGGUGGCAGAAUAUUUAGAUCAAGUGAUUUUGGAAAGAAUUUUGUCGCCACAAACCUUCCUUUCCAUCCACUAUUGCAAAUCCUUUAUCAUUCAGAAAAUUCGGAACAUCUUUUGGCAUUAAGCGUGGAUAAUGAGUUGUGGUUUUCCCCCGAUUUUGGUAAAAUAUGGAGAAAAAUACAUGACUUUGUAUGCCUUGUGAAGUGGGGCCCAAAAAAUACAAUAUUCUUCACUACCCACCUGAAUGGAUCUUGCACUGCAAAGGGUUUGUUGGAGCUCAAACGAACAGAUGAUUUUGGAAAUACGUUCAAAACUAUUGCAUCAAAAGUUUAUUCAUUUGGUCUAGGGGGGAGUUUCCUCUUUGCUUCAGUUAUGACAAACAAGGCCAGUUUAAGGGCGCUUCAUGUGUCUAAGGAUAUGGGAGAGACCUGGAAUAUAGCACAGUUGCCUCACGUAACCGCUGAGCAGUUCUACUCCAUUCUGGCUGCCAAUGACGACAUGGUAUUUAUGCACGUCGAUGAUCCUGGUGACACAGGCUAUGGUACCAUUUACGCUUCAGAUGAUCGAGGAUUAGUGUAUUCUAAAUCCCUUGAGCGACACUUGUACACAGCAACAAGAGGCGAGACGGACUUCACAAAUAUUACCUCACUGCGUGGAGUAUAUGUUAGUAGCAUACUUGCAGAAGAUGGUUCCGUUCAGUCUGUCAUUACAUUUGAUAGAGGAGGGAAGUGGCAGCCGUUAAGAAAACCAGAAAACAGUGAUUGUGAUUCAACUGCCAAAAAUAAGGAUGAGUGUAGUCUGCACAUCCAUGCAUCCUACAGCAUUUCCCAGAAACUGAAUGUACCGAUGCCACCGCUGUCUGAACCCAAUGCUGUUGGUCUGAUCAUUGCACACGGUAGCGUGGGGGAUGCUAUCUCUGUAAUGAAUCCUGAUGUGUAUGUGUCUGAUGAUGGUGGAUACUCUUGGUUUAAGGCUUUAAAGGGACCCCAUUAUUAUGCCAUCCUGGAUUCUGGAGGCUUGAUAGUUGCUGUGGAGUAUAACUCAUAUCAGCAUGUCAAUAAAAUCAAGUUUUCGAUCGAUGAGGGACAGUGCUGGUAUUCAUAUGAAUUCACCAAAGAACCCAUUAUAUUUACUGGCCUUGCUUCGGAGCCAGGAGCUAGAUCGAUGAACGUCAGUGUCUGGGGAUAUGUGAGCCUCAUACUUACACAAAGCUGGGUCUCAGUCACCAUCGACUUUGAAGAGCUCCUGACAAGAGACUGUUCUGAUGAUGACUACAUACAGUGGCUUGCCCAUUCGAGUAACGUUAAUGAUCCCAACGAUGGCUGUAUGUUGGGCUACAAAGAGAAAUUCCGCCGCUUGAGGAAAUCAUCCCUGUGUCGGAAUGGACAUGGCUACAUCGUCAAUAAACAGCCCAAUGUCUGUGUCUGUACCCUGGAUGAUUAUCAGUGUGACUUUGGAUACUAUCGAAAGGAGAAUAGUUCAGAAUGUAUCGAACAGUCUGAUCUCAAAGGCCAUGACCUGGAGUUCUGUCUACAGGGGAAAAAAGAAAUACUGAAGACGAAUGGAUACCGAAAAAUUCCUGGAGACCAGUGUUAUGGAGGUGUCCAAUUGAAUCGCACUGUGAAGGAUAUCAGUAAAAAAUGUGUCAGUACUCUGAUUGAAUCGCAGGUGCUGCUUGGUUCACACAGUACCAGCUCUGUGCCAAUUAUUGCCACCAUAAUAGUUCUUUUACUGAUUGUGGUGAUCUUUGGAGUGAUCUUUAUCAAGAAAUAUGUAUGUGGUGGACGAUUUCUGGUACAUCGUUACUCAGUCCUACAGCAGCACGCGGAGUCGAACACUGCAGAUGAACUAGACAAGGCGAUAUCUGCCAGUAAACCAGAGUACCAUGAUGACUCUGAUGAGGAUCUUCUGGAGUAGAGAAAACUUUUUUGAAGUUACAAGAUUCUGUUCUUGCCAAACAAAACAUCACUUUAGUUCUGUAGAAACGCUGCUGCCUCCGUUCGGAUGUUCUUGGAAAAUUAAACUCUGAUUCGACAGCAGGUGCAGGCGAUGUGAUACUUUUAUGAAUGUGGUGUAUCUGUACACUCACGUGGGACAGCUAUCCUGGUUCACUGGAACUGUGAGGAGAGAAGAGAUUUGGUGUUGUCCAGAGAUGUCUUCAUUAAUGAAGGGGAAUCUUCUGUGAUUUUUGGAUUUUGAUUUCUUUUCAGAGCUUUUUAGAAUCUGCUUCUGGGUACACAACACUCUAAUGGGCUUAUUUUUAUAUGACCUGCCACUUUUGGGGAAAAAAAGGCUUCACUAACCAACAUAACUUUUUUUUCUGUCUUGGGACUAAUAAUGUGACAAAUUAAAUUCAGUGGGUGAAUUCAUAAAUAAUAAUAUAGAUUGGAGCCCCAUUGAAUCCACAAACCCGGUCAGAAUUCUACACCUAGGCUUCAAAAGUGGCAUUAACUUCAGCAGUGCUUUUCACAAAACUACUCAACGUGUUGCACCACAUGUUUGCAUUGGUGGUCUUGGAAUUUCUUUCUCAUAACAAGCUUUUAAUUAGGAAAGUUAAAUCCUGAAAAGCAGUGAUCACAUAGGGACUCUCUUGUAGAGAUAUUGCUCUAUAUAAUUGACAUUAGAGAUGCACAUAUUGAUAUAUGAAAACUAGUUCGGCAAUGUAUUAAAUCAGACAUCAUGUUUUAAUUUACUGUUUGAAAGUGUUAUAUUUAAAUCAUGAUGAAGUAAUUAAUGAGAGCAUUCACAUUCAGAGUCAACCCUAAUCAAUUGUCAACUGUAAUUUAAUUUUAAAUUAAAAUUGAAUGCUUGUGUCCCAACCUACUGCACUUUUUUUUCCUGUUUCUUUCAUUGCUGGUGAAUAUAUUUUUAAAAAAGUAUUCAAUAACCUCAGAGCAACACUCACUCACUCGUUCACUCACUCUCUCACUCACACAUACACACACAGUGGUGUAGGGUCGGGCAGCAUCUAUGGAGGGGAAUAAACAGUCGAUGUUUUGGGCCGAGCCCCUUCAUCAGAACUGGAAAGGAAGGAGGAAUAAGCCAGAGGAAGAAGUGGGGGGAAGAGGAGGAGUAUAAACUGGCAGGUGAUAUGUGGGGGGGGGGGGGAAGUGGGGUGAAGUAAGAAGCUGGGAGGUGAUAGGUGGAAGAGGUGAAGGGCUGAAGAAGGAGGAAUCUGAUAGGAGAGGACAGUAGGCCAUGGGAGAAAGGGAAGGAGGAGAGGAACCGGAGGGACAUGAAGGGCAGGUGAGGAGAAGAGAAAGGGGUGAGAGGUGAAUCAGAAUGGGAGUGGAAAAAGAAGAGAGAAAUGGGAAUGAAAGGAAAAUUCAAUAAAUUGAACAAUAUCUGAUUCAUGGCCCGAGCACCUCUGACAAUCCACUUAGAGUUUGAAUCUUUCCAGCUGACAUUUGUCUUUAAUUGGUUCAGUGCUAAAUUGGAAAGCCAUGUAAAAUUGUUGUGCCUUUGUACUUUUAGUGUGUUAUCUCAAUGCUAUUCAUCUUGAAGAAGUUGCAAGUUAAUUGAGUAUAUACAUAAUUUGGGGAAACUCUGUUCUGGGGGUACUCUACAGCUGUUAAUUUAUUUGUUAACAAUAUUCUACUCUUUCAUCUUUUGAAUUCAAGAAGUUUUAAUAAUGAAUCAGUUUCUGGCUUUUGAAGAUGGUAUUGAAUUGUUUUCUGCUUUGUGCUACUCAUGUAUGAUGUGAAUGGAAAUGUGAAUCGAUGUCGCAGUAUACUUACCCAUAAGCUCCUCCAAGCAAACAAAUGCUUUGAUCGUGCAUGCAGCUUAUGAGGUGACGGAGGCUCUGAAACUUCAGUAUUGUGACUUUAGAAGGUGCUUUCCACCUUGUGCAUUUAUUCAUGGCUGUGUUUGUUACUCUUGUCUGUGUAGGGAAAUGUGAUGAUUUACUGCUGUCCAAUAUAAGCAUUGCUGUAUGAUUCAAACUUUGAAUAACCUAGUGGAUUUAGGCCUAUGCAAGCUUCAUCAUAUUAUUGUACUGCUUUGCAUGUUGGGUUUUGUGCCUAAUUUUGCUGCAUGUAUUUUCCCAUAAUCUUUGUUUCAACUUUAUAUUCUGUCAGUGAGCAAAAUUCUGGUCCUCCAGAACCAUGGUAUUAAUUGUAUGCUUAUGAUGUGAACAAUCUUGAAUUAAAAUAAUAACUUAUUUAUAGAA